AUGAGGAUAGACGAAGCACUUGACCAUAGCCGGCAGAUCGCCCGCAAUAAGCAUAACGAAGAAGUAGCGAAAAACCGGAAGGGUAUGCGAACUUUAAUUGAGAUCACCUGUUUCCUAGGCACUCACGGUCUCGCCUUUCGCGGACAUUAUGAAUGUUCCGAUUCCACGAACAGAGGAAAUUAUAAAGACCUCUGCACGUUGAUCGCCGCCAGGGAUCCAGCAUUCCAGGACUUUAUAAAUAAUAAAGUUUUCAGCGGAACGUCGGGAGGAAUUCAGAACGAGCUUAUAGAAUGCAUUGAAAGCUACAUGCUUCAAACAAUUAAAAGAGAAGUUCUUGAUGCUGAGUUUGUGUCCAUUAUGAUGGAUGAAUCAACAGAUUCGGCUCGGUUAUCGCAACUAUCUUGUACUCUGCGCUACUUACGGCCCGAUGGAACACCAGUUGAAAGGCUCGUUAGAUUGGCAGACGUUAGCAGUGACAAAACCGCCGCUGCGUUGGCCGGACACGUUGAUGAAAUAGCAGCGUAUUUUGGUCUUGAUGGUGACAAAGUUGUAGCUCAGAGCUAUGAUGGAGCUGCUGUAAUGUCCGGGGACAAAUCUGGAGUGCAAACAUUGGUGAAGCAACGGUUUCCAAAAGCUGGAUAUAUCCACUGCCGCGCACAUGUGCUUAAUUUGGUGCUACUUCACUCGUGCACAAAUAACAAGAAAUCAGCAAGUCACCUAAACGCAGCGAGACAUUAA